AUGCAUGACGACGAGCCUUCGUUGAAUAUACCCUCCCUCCUCACACUGGCCGUGGUAUCCUUCUUUGUGCUCCGAUGGUUCUUUAACCGCGACGACAGUCCCUCUGCUGGUGGCCGGCCCCGCGGACGUGGGAAUGCCGUUGACCCGGCCCAGGUGGACCAGAUCUCGCAGAUGUUCCCUCAGCUGAGCACUCGCGAGAUCAUGUGGGAUCUGCAGCGCAAUGGAGGAAGUGUCGCGGCGACGACAGAGAGGAUAUUGGCUGGGCGGGGACUGGAAACGCCACCUCCAUCCUUCCAACCCCAGGUCGCUAUGCCCUCUGCGAACGGCCCGGCCCGGCAGUCUACCUCUGUUGCUGCAUCGACGUCAAAGGCGGAUGGACAGGACUUGAUAUCACGGUACGGGCUGAGCGCAAAGCUCACAAGCGAGAGUGCAGAGGCUGCUUCGGCGACACCGUCCAAGAGCUCCUGGGCCCAGAAUAAAGAAGAACGGCAACGGCUUCUUCAGAAGCGUCGAGACGAGAUGAUCCUCGCCGCGCGGAGGAAGAUGAUGCAGAAGGAGCAGGGCAAAGCCAAAUGA